UCUCCUCUCUCUCUCUCUCUCACGCAUACACACACUCACAGAGAGAGAAUUAGAAAGCGACACACACUCACACAGUGAGGAGUACCCUUCUGAAACCCCUGGGCGAGGGCGAAAUAGAGAGAGAGGGAGAGAGCUCUGAGACUCCAUUUUACUUGCACAAAAAUAAAAUAAAAAACAAUCUUUUCAUACAAGUGGGCUUAGCAAAAACCCCCAUUGAUAAAGAUCCAAACUUUACGCACCACUUUGGUUUAGCAAAGAAGAUAGAGCUAGCUUUCUUCCAAACCAACUUUCCCACUACACAUUUUGCUUGGAAUCCCAAAAAUGGCUUUCCUCCCCCUUUUCACAGUCCUCCUCACACUGCUCCUUCCAUUCCACUCUCUCUCUCAACCCUCAACAACUCUCUCUCUCCUCAUGGCCAUCAAAUCCUCACUAGACCCUCGAGGCGUCAUUCUCUCAUCGUGGUCUCCCAAUGCCACUGACCCAUGCAGUGCCUCCUUUGAAGGGCUUGCCUGCAAUGAGCAUAGCCAAGUGGUCAACAUCACCUUGCAAGGAAGAGGGCUUUCUGGAAAAAUCCCACCUCAGAUUGGCCACCUCAAGAGCUUGGUUGGCUUGUACCUCCACUUCAACAAGCUUCAUGGGGUUGUACCUAGUGAGAUUGCUAACUUGACCAACCUCUCAGAUCUGUACCUCAAUGUCAAUAAUCUCUCCGGUGAUAUUCCCCCUCAGAUUGGUGACAUGUCUAAUCUUCAAGUGUUGCAGCUGUGUUAUAACAAUUUAAGUGGCAAUAUUCCGACACGGCUUGGCUCUCUCAAGAAACUCAGUGUUCUUGCUCUACAGUCCAACCAGUUGGGUGGUGCAAUUCCAGCCAGUUUGGGGGAUUUAAUGAUGUUAAAUAGGUUGGAUUUGAGUUUCAAUCGCCUCUUUGGCUCGAUCCCGGUGAAAUUGGCUGUUCUGCCCUUGCUCAAAGUUCUUGACAUCCGAAACAACACUCUCUCUGGCAAUGUCCCUCUAGCCUUGAAGAGACUGGAUGAAGGUUUCCAGUAUGCAAACAAUGCAGAACUGUGUGGCCUCAGUUUCUCUUCUCUGGGAAUCUGCAGUGCUUCUGAUCGAAACUCCAAUGGGCCGGAGCCUUUUGGAGCUAGCACGAGUCGUCUACCUUCUAAAGACAUUCCAGAGUCGGCAAAUGUGGAGCACAACGGAGGGAAUCAGUCGAGGAGGUCUCAAUCCGCUGCAGUGGUUGUAGUGGUUGGACUUGUUGUUGCCUUGGCUGUGGCGGGGCUGUUCUCGUUCUCAUGGUAUCGGAGGCAGAAGCAGAGGAUCGGGAGUGCAUUUGAUUCUGUUGAUGGCCGUCUGAGCACUGACGGGGCGAAGGAGGCUUGCAGGAGAAGUGCCUCGCCUCUCAUCAGCCUGGAGUACUCAAACGGCUGGGACCCUCUGGCGAAGCGCCAGGAUGUGAGCAGCUUCUCGCAGGAGGUGCUCGAGAGCUACAUGUUCAACUUGGACGAGGUUGAGUCCGCGACGCAGUACUUCUCGGAGAUGAACUUGCUGGGGAAGAGCAGCUUCUCUGCCGUCUACAAGGGGACGCUGAGGGACGGAUCGACAGUUGCAAUCAAGUGCAUAUCGAAGAUCAGCUGCAAGUCCGAUGAGGCCGAGUUUCUCAAGGGGCUGAAGCUGCUUACCUCGUUGAAACACGAGAACCUUUUGAGGCUGAGAGGCUUCUGCUGCUCCAAGGGCAGGGGAGAGUGCUUCCUCGUGUACGACUUCGUCUCAAACGGGAGCUUGCUGCAUCACCUCGACGUCAGCGCAGGGAAGGCUCUUGACUGGCCAACCAGGAAGUAUAUCAUCAAAGGGAUUGCCAAAGGCAUCGAGUACUUGCACAAGAGCCAGAACAGCAAUCCUACAUUGGUGCACAGCAACAUAUCAGCGGAGAAGGUGCUGAUCGACCACCACUACAACCCGUUGCUCUCGGACUCGGGGCUUCACAAGCUGUUAGCAGACGACAUAGUGUUCUCGACCCUCAAGGGCAGUGCUGCGAUGGGAUACCUUGCUCCCGAGUACACCACCACCGGGCGGUUCACUGAGAAGAGCGACGUCUACGCCUUUGGGAUGAUCAUAUUCCAAAUCCUGUCCGGCAAAAGUAGGAUCACGCAGCUCAACUGCCAUGGCGCGGAGAUCUCAAGGUUCGAGGACUUCAUCGAUGCAAAUCUUGCCGGGAAGUUCAAGGAAUCCGAGGCCACCAGGCUAGGGGAGCUCGCGCUUCUCUGCACCCACGAGUCUCCCGACCACAGGCCCGACAUCGGAGCCGUGAUGCAAGAACUGCACCACAUCCCUUCCACCUCUUGCUAGGAAAGAUGCUACCUACUACUAAUUCCAGACUCAUCUGCAACUGCUUGUGUUGUGUUGUGUCUCACAUGAUGUAUGUAUCUAAGCCAGUUUAGGUAACUUGCAUCACUCAUCUCAUUGUAACUCUACUUUUUUCACUCAUCUUACUCUUGUAAGAUUAGCUCAUUCUGCAAUUAAUUGCCUCCUAAUUGUGAAUCAAAUAUCAUCAUUUUAAAUC